GGGAUACCCCAGUGACGUCAAUAUUGGGAAUUUCCAACGUCAACAAUGUCAACACGGGACACACGAAAUCAGUUCGUACAUAGCUAUACGGGAAUUAAAACUGAUUCGAAAGGGAAUUUUGAGGCAUCAAAUGAUCCCUGUUUGGAGGAGCAGCGUCUUUAUGUCAGGUGCAAGAGUGAUUUAGUCAAUUAUGACCAAUGCGGUGAAUUGGCUGUCAACGUGAAACAUUGCCGCAAAUUUUGGAGAAAAGUGCAAGGGGAUAGAAGAAAGAAAGGCAUUUAUCCAACCGUUCCUGAUCUCAAAGAUAGACCAAAGAUUAUUGAAGAGUAUAGGGAUAUAUUAGAGAAAAUACAAAGACAAAAUACAUAUUCUUGUGUGGUUCAGUAGCAUGAGAUUUUCACGAGUUUUUCAUGGUACAGAUCAUCAUAUCCAGGGCUUAUCUAGGAUGCCUGUUAUAAAUGUAGCAGAAUACCUUGUAUGCCAUUCACCAUGACUUGAUAUUACGUUAGACCAGUAUGUCAUGUUGAAAUGGUAAGCUAUGAUCACAUACAGAUUGCACAACUCGAAAGUUAUCCACGUUCUAGUUCCUUCAAAUACUGUGAUGAAACGGCAAAUAACAUGAUUUUAAAUACAUGUACUUGCAUUUUGUAUGAUUUUGGUAUUAAUUACUAAUGUUAAAUGUUUUGGGGAAAAUUAUAUAAUUUAAUUUAUAGGCUUUAGCCUGUCAGUUGAGUCAACUUAAAUCUUUUGGUUUGUCGUACAGUGAUUUGUGUACAUAACAAGUACAGGUCGGCAACGCUAGUUUGGUGUGUUCCUAAUAAAUUAAUUUUCACCAGGG